UUCCCUCGCGAAAACAUUCUCUUCCUCCUCACUGCUCCUCGUUUACUCGCAUUUUUUCUCCAUUGCUCCUCAGCGAUGUCUCCUACAAUCAAAAUGAUAGAUAUAGCCGUUAACUUCACAGAUCAAAUGUUCAAAGGGAUCUACAAUGGUCGACAGUGCCACGCGGCAGACAUCCCCGCUGUUCUCGCUAGGGCGUGGAGCGUGGGAGUUGAUCGAAUCAUUGUCACUGGGGGAUCGCUCCAAGAAUCGAGAGAGGCCCUUGAGAUUGCCGAAACAGAUGGACGAUUGUUUUGUACUGUUGGGGUGCAUCCGACAAGAUGCAAGGAGUUUGAAGACAGCGGUGAUCCAGAAGGACAUUUUCAGGCACUGGUGUCGUUGGCUAAGGAGGGAAUUCAGAAGGGAAAGGUGGUGGCAGUUGGUGAAUGUGGACUGGACUAUGACAGGCUUCAAUUUUGUCCUCCUGAGAUACAAAGAAAGUAUUUUGAAAAGCAAUUUGAAUUAGCGGAAGCUCUGAAACUACCUAUGUUUCUCCACAUGCGUGCUGCUGCUGAAGACUUCUGCAACAUUUUAACUUCGCAAAAAGACAGGUUCACUUUUGGAGUUGCUCAUUCAUUUACUGGAAGUGCAGAAGAUCGUGACAAACUCCUAUCAUUUGAUAAUCUUUUUAUAGGCAUCAACGGUUGCUCUUUGAAGACGACCGAGAAUCUUGAAGUUCUUAGAGGCAUUCCAAUUGAAAGGAUGAUGAUAGAGACUGACUCGCCAUACUGUGACAUUAGGAAUACUCAUGCUGGUAUGCAAUUUGUGAAAUCAGUUUGGCCUUCUAAGAAGAAAGAGAAGUAUGAUCCUGAUUCGACUGUUAAAGGGCGCAACGAGCCCUGUUCUGUUAAGCAAGUCCUUGAGGUGGUGGCCGGAUGUAAAGGAAUUCAUGAUAUUCAUCAGCUGAGCAAAACUCUAUACAAUAAUACCUGCAGGAUUUUCUUCCCUCAUGAUUUAGAUGCGGCAGCAGAUGCUAUUCUUGAAAAAGGCAUCGGAAGCCAGUGACUAAAGUUUGAUUCAUUUAUCGAAGCAAUGUGCAAAGCAGCCUUUGCAAUGUGAUAAUCUGCUGCUAAAAUUUUAGACAGAAGUACCUAAUUUCCUGUUGACAUUAUGUGGUGCCUUCUUCCUUGAUUUCAAAGCAAACGAAACCUUCCACCUUCCCAGCAGAACAGAUAUUGGUACUGGCCAGGCUUUUUUCCAUGCUAGACUCUGCGAAUCGAGGCGUAUUAUCUGUUUAGUCUAUUUUCCUCUUUUCAAAUCACGGGCUAAAAAUAUGCUGUAAUGCGUGGGGAAAUUUCUUGGAAUAACCUAUUGCUCGAUAUUUGUAUAUCUUUUAUGUAUUUAAUUUUAGCAAAGUCGAGAUCCGUUCCUUGUUAGAUUGAAAGCAGCAAAAUACAAGGUAGAUCUGUAAGCUUCAUCA